ACCAGCGGAAUAGGAGCCGCUGGACCUGCAGCGGUUAGACUCACCAUCAUCCAUCAAUAUCGGAAUAGCUCACCAUUAGCACCAAACCCAAAAUCAACAAGAUAUCUCCUCCCCUCAAACUCAACCAAAUUAAUCAAAUGAUUCCAGCCAUCAAACGCCCCUUUCGGACCCCCAUGAUUUGCCUUCGCAACCCUCGCCGCCGCCAUCUUAACCCUGAACCCCCAAACUCCUCAUCACGGUGCCAAAGAAUCCAUUAUUCAUCGUACAAGUGCCUCCCCUCCCGCCACUCGGCCCUCUUCCAUCCCGAACCCUCUCUCUUUCGGACCUCUCUCGUUCCAAAACUGCCCCAUCGGCGCUCUCCCCCUCCCGCGCAAUCCCCCCACUAUUCAGUAAAUACUCACACACCAACGCCUGAUCUAGCGUACCCAUAUGGUGGCGACUGUAACGCAAAUACAAAUUCGCAAACGGGAUUCUAUUUUGCUGAUACUUCUGCAGCAUACCCAGGGAACCCCUCGCAGAGACAAAAGUCCCCCAUCCCUCUUGCUUGUAAUCCCUCACUGUCGCUGCCGCCACGGCUUCCGGGAGUCGGACGUGCGAGAAAUACUUCUGCAACGCAGGUAGCGAGGAGCACGUCGGUCUUCUGUUCAGAAUUCCAGAAACAUCUUCAUCGCCGCUCUUCACCAAUUCAUCGCACGAAACCAAGAAAGAGUGUGGAGAUACCUCUCCAUCAAAACCUCCCCCUGAAAGAAAGAAUAAAAUCCCCCCCAAACGAAAUUCUGACGUGAGGAACAACCUCUCCCUCCCAUCGCAAUCGAAAAACCCUUAAAAAUUCCAGCCUUUCAUACAACUCACCAAAUCCAAAAAAAAAAAA